CAAACUGCAUCAGAGUGAAAUGACCGAUUGCUUAUAAACUGGUUGCAAAGUUUGUAUAUUUGAACGCCGUUACAAAGUUAAUAUCAGUUAAUCGACGCUAUUGGUAACAAUAUUAAUACCUGCAGCAUUGCAACAGAAAUAGCGCAAUGAAAGCAGCUCAAAACGGAAAGUUGAUGUCAGUUGGUUCGUCGAGCUCACGCAGUCAAGUGAGCAAGUUGACGAGUAUAACGGGUGAUAAACUGGAAACAAAACUAUCAGUGAAAGACCUGGAAGAAUUAAAAGUUGCAUUUAUGCCAGAUUCUGAUUACAAUGGAUUUCCACGAAGACUUGAUCGUAAACAAUUUUCUGAUGAAUUGUCGGAAAUUAUUAAGAAGGGAACAAAGGAAGAGUACAUGGAGCUGUUUGAUAAGAUUGAUAUCACAAAGCAAGGAACUGUGGACUGGGACAUGUUCGUUCAGUUUAUGUUGCUUGAGUUUUAUGAGAAGGAUGAAAAAGUGAAAACCACCCAGGUCCCACAAUGGAAAGAGUUAAAGAUGAUUGUGAGCCCACACAAGGAUUGUAUUCAACGUAUUGAACUUGUGAAAGCAACAAAUAAAUAUCUAAGCAUUAGUAAGGAAGGCUGUAUUGUCUUCUGGGACCAACAUGUCAAAAUGCAAAGAUCUAUUAAACUGUCAUGGGACUCAAUUAAAGCUAGAGAUUUGUGGGUAACAGACUUUGUUCUUCUUCCAAACGUGAACAAGAUUGCCGUUUCAUUCACAAGCAAAGAGAUUGCAUUUUAUGAUCUCAGCUCAAAAGUGGAUUUUAACUGCCAAUACAAAUUACAGGAACUCACCCACACACCACUAUGCAUGGAUUAUUGGACAAACCCAGAUGAUUCAAAUGAAUCUAUCUUGGUGUUUGGAGACAUUGGUGGGAAAGUGACAGCCAUGUGUUUCUCCUCAGCACAGAUUGCUUUGUUUGAUAGGCCUUCCCAAGGUUCUGAUGGCAACCAGAACAACAACACAACUGUGUCUGUUAAAAUGAAGGAUUUGAUUCGAGAUAAUUCAAAACAUACCAACUGCAGAGUUGUGUAUCACUCUGCACAUGUCGGCUGGGUGAGACAAGUAAAAUACGCUGAACAUCUGGAAUGCUUCAUAAGUUGUUCUACUGGCACACAGAACUCAGUAGUGAUUGGUUUUGUGGAGAAAGCAAGCACAAUUAUGCGAACCACUUCAUUCAGAUAUUAUCACGGUGUUCAUUGCUUUGACUACCAUCAACAAAUGAAUUUAAUUGCUACUGGUAGUGUCAACCACCAGGUGUGUUUGUGGAAUCCUUAUGUGAUCUCAAAACCAGUAGGAAUCCUAACGGGACACAUGGCAGCUGUCAUACAAGUGAUUGUUAAUGUCAACAAGUCCCAACUUAUGAGUUUCUCCAAAGAUAAGGUUUUAAGAAUCUGGGACAUUCAGCAACAGAUUUGUCUACAAAGGUUGGCUGGGAUGUUUCCUAAAGGUCCCGAGGUUCAAACAAGGCUAUAUUUUGAUGAAGUUAGAAACAGGUUAUUUGUGACUUUCAACUACUUGUUGACAUUAUUGGAAAUGAAAAUUGAAAUUCGGGAUCGAGUUAUGAGCCACGAACGCCCAGUUACAUGCGCCAUCUAUAACUCACUUUAUAAUCAGGUAAUCAGUGCGUGUCAAGCCGGUACUGUAACAGUUUGGAUGAUCGACAACGGGCAGAAGGUAAAGCAGUUUACCAACUGUCAUGGUCAAGCUGAAAUCACAACACUAGAACUUGACCACAGCAGAACAAGGCUGUUUACAGGUAGCACUGACGGAACGAUUAAAGUUUGGGAUUUCAACGGACAUUGUCAUCAUAAUUUAGCAGCAGGGCGUGACCAACCUGCAGAUAUUGCUCAGAUUGUGAUGUUAAAGCGAUCUAUUGCAACAAUUGGAUGGGAGCCGUUUAUCACUGUGUUCCGUCAAGGAGCUCUCACCCAGUUUUAUGUUCAUCCCGCCGAUUGGAAAGGAGGAAAAGAACACCAGGAUGAUAUAUUAACUGCUGCGUAUAACCCACCAUCCAUGCUGGCUACAGGCAGUUAUGAUGGAGAAAUAGUUAUAUGGAACGCCAACUCUGAAGGAGUUAGUAAGAAAUUACAGCAGAGAUCGCGACAAAAACUUGGUCGUCGUCCAAUGACAACUGCGUCUACUUCUACCUUGGACGAAACUUCUUCUCUACGACCUAUGACCACUGACAGUCAAGCAAGUGAGUUGGAAUUUAGUUUCGUCAUUUCUCGUCUCGUUUUUCUCAAACACCGGAUGGCAGUGCGGGGAAACAGCCACACGGGGGCAGACUUGGUAUCGUGUGGUGGUGGUGGUUGGGUGAGGUUUUGGGGGGUAAACAAGGGGAGUUUAUUAUCGGAAUUUGUUGCCCACCAUCACGCCGGUAACGUCAUAGCAAACACGGAUCCUGAAGACAAAUAUCUUAUCACAGCUGACAGUGAUGGUGCAAUGAAGGUUUGGAAUAUAGAGGAAUAUUUACUUCAAGAACCAACAGAGACAGUUUAUUCCCCUCCACCUACCCUAGCAAGUUGGCAAGCACAUUCUGACUGCAUUACAAGCAUUACAAUUUGUUCACGGAACGAUCGACUUCUGAUCAUCACGUCAUCAUCAGAUUGCAGCGUUGCAUUGUGGGAUUUCCAUGGUAACCGUAUCGGAGAGUUUGGUCAAGAAAACCACUGGACGUUAAGCGCGUUUGAUCCCACGUUGGCCGAGGAAGAAGAAGAUGACGAGGCAAAAACUCAACCUGAUGAGUCAUUGUUUAAAGAGUUUGACAUGAGUGAGUUGGAGUUGGAGUCACGAGCGAGUACGGCACCUGACAUGCGUGUGGUGUCAUCUCACAGCUACGACCCCGAUUUCCGUGCCAACACUUGGGGCAACACAGUGCUGGGUAAAGCUUACCAGGAAGGCAGGUUGAAUAAACGGGAAAGGAAACAGCCGGGAACUGUUCCUGGGUUCAAGGAUUACAUUGAAGAGUCGGCUGUUGGUCCGUACGGGAUCCUGGGGUACCGGGAUCUGGACUCGAUGCCGGUGAUGAGGAAGCCGGACUUCAUGCUCCAUCCUCACAAAUAUUUCGGUGAAAAGUCGGCGAAGGGGAAGAAGAAGACGGGAAGAUCAGAAGAGCAGGAGGUGGAUAGUGAGAAGCAACUUGGGAUCAGGGAAGCAAGACAAAGUUUGAAAGCAGCAUUUGAUGAACGGACUUUAUUUCCAAAAGAAUUGCUGGAUUUUGAAGCCCAAAUCCGCACUGAGCAUGCGCAGAAGUUGAAGCAUACUGCAAGAGAUGUAUUCCGCAAAACGAAACCAGUCAGUAUCCUUAAGUCGUUCGUCACCAGUGGCUCAAACGUCACACAAACUUCAACACCGGGUGGCACCACAGGGGUUGGGUCAAAAGUUGGAAGUCGAGUUGGUUCGAGCCAACAUAGUCGUCAUCCAAGCUAUAUAAGGCAUAGGAGUUCUAACAAUAUGAACCAGCCAGUUGACACUUCAGCUGCGUGACAAGCCAUAUUAUAUUUGAAAAGUUUUAAAAUUUUACAAUUCUGUUUUCAUUGAAAGUAACAAAAUGGUGUAUGACUGUAUGAUAUGAGAUUACACAUUUUUUUCUGUAAUGGAAUCGCAAGAUGCUAUGUUCUUUAAAAUGGUAUUAUUUUUAAUAGUAAAGCGACCAUAUGAUACAGUGUUAAUUAAUAUUGUUGCAUUUUAAUAUUUGUAUAAUCAAUUCAUUUUACAUGCAGCCCACAUUGGUGGACUAUUCUAUGUGGGUGAGAUCCUGCAGUUUGCAAUGGGUCCUAGGAUUUAGACCAACAACAUUGUUGGGCUAGCAUAAUACCUGUUUGUUUUUGUAAAUCACUGAAUUGGAGUAUUGCUGUUACCCUGUCAUGUCUAAGUAUUUGAUGGCUUGCAUUGUUUUUAUCAGUUUGUCUCUUAAACCAAACAACUAUACACUGUUUUUUUUAUUUAAGUGGGAAUCAAAUCUACCCAGCAAACAAAAAAAAUGUAUGCGAGACACUUAAAAUGUCUGUAAGAGACGAAAUAUACAAAAUAUUUUACAUCUGUUACAGAGAUUAAAUGUCUUUGAUUUAAUACCAUAUCAUAAGAGAAUUGAACUAUAUUUGACAAAAACUCAUUGAUGCCCCUGCUACACACAGUUUUUUUGUUUAUUCCAGAAAAGUUUACAUUUAAUAAACAGUUUCUUACUUAUGAGAAACCAAAACUUGGCAAUAAAAAAUACUAAAUUCUGAA